AUGGUAUCGACUGGAGUCCAAUUGUGGAAGGUAUCACAGGCUCAACCGACUGUCAGAGAAAGUCUGAGAAGCCCGUUGGAGACAUUUGUGAGAGUUCAAGCUCUGUUUGGCAUUUCUUUGGCUAUCGCAACACUUAUCAUGCGGCCCGAUGAGAUCGACCCAUUGAACGGAUAUGCCCUAAUCUUGACAGCUAUCAUGGGUUUCCUCCCACCAGUGUUCACCCUUAUGUUGCUUCAUAGCCACGGAGUACGAUCGCGUUUCUCGACCGCAUUGGUAUGUGCAAGCUAUUUGCUCAACACCGUGACCUUUUUCGUACUCGUUCGGAACCUCUCGAUUUCUACACAUGACAGGCUCUUUUUGGAUAAAGCCAUAGACAGCCUCUUCAGUGCCGAAGCAUGUGGCGGUGGCUCGGCUAUAUCACUUUGCUACCAGCUGACUGGUACGGACCCCGUCGGUUUCCUCUCCGGCUUUUACGACAACAGUUCGUUCGCAAAUAUCAAGACUGUACCACUCCUAUGGAUAUGGACAACGCUGGUGCUACUCGUGUUGAUCACCAGACACCUUGUGGCUACCACACAAAAGAGAAGCGACGCAGUGGGUCAGUUACCGCCUGCCAAGCCCCAAGGUCUUCAUCGGAGCAAGCGACCUUCCGGAUUUCAUGCAUUCUUGAGUAAACCGCUGUUCACAUGUUUUAUACUAUCUUUGGCGAUAAUUCUAUUCUUCUUAUGCCUUCUGUAUCAAUACCUGUUGGUAAAAGCUAAUGCUCUGAUGGAUGUGAUUGAUCAGAAAGGUUGGUCCUUUGGACAAGCCGUAGCCUUGUUGUUCUGGGUGCCACCAUUCCUUGAUAUUCUCCGGUCAAUGUAUGAGAAGGAAAAGUAUGAAAAGGUUCAGAAUGCGCAUGAAAGCCAGAGCUAG